GCUUUCAAUGAUUUUCUCAUUUCAGAACUUGGAUGUUUGCAGUGAGAUUACCAAAUUGAUUAUCAAGAGCUCCAUUGACUAAUGUUUGGCACUUUAAGAUACGGGAGAAUAUUUUGCAUGAAUAACGGGCCUCGGGCGUGCUCACAAGUCACAAUGUGUAGCCUUUAUUUUGCCCAUUUCCAGAACAUAUUAGUCAGGACUUGGGGGUUGAAUUCGACCAGGGAGGCAGAGAUUCAAAUUUAACAUUACUACCAUAAUUGAUCGGUACUUUCUAUUGUCGGAACAAAGAAUUAGGUGUCGUUUGGUUUGGUAAUAUAUAAAUCGAUGUAUUGUCAUCAAUGCAUGAAUAAUGUAUUCAUAAUAAUACAUGUGUAUGUAAGAAAAUUG